AAAAGGGGACCCAGCAGAGUGUCAGGAGAGCAGGGCAAUGGGGGCUUCCAGGAGCUUCCCUGGGCUUUAAUAAGAAUAAGCCUAUGUAGAGAGAGCUUUCAGGAGCCCCUUUGAGAGUGGAAGGAACAAGUGGGGAGCAGGAGCCUCCUGGGAUUCGUAGCGUGUGUUGGGCUCCCUGACUCUAGAGACCAAGGAGUUCAGUUCCCUUCUCAGGCAUAAUCCACCCCCCCCUCCACUGGGUGACCUUGGGGCAAGUCACACUCUCUCAGCCUCUCAGGGGAAGACAGUGGCAAACUUCCUCUGGACAGAUCUUGCCAAGAAAGCCCCAUGGCCGUGGGAAGGGCGGGAGGAGUCCCUCUCUCUCUCUCUCUCCUCUCUUCAGUGCCUCCCAGGGGCUCUCCGUUUCCUAAGCCGAAAGGCAGCAUGGUCCCCCUGUGGUUGUCGUUUCUGACUUAUGACCGCCCAGUCAUGGGGUUUUCUUGGCAAGAUUUGUUCAGAGGAGGGUUGAGAGGGUGACUUCCUGCCCAAGGUCACCCAGGGGCUUUACAUGGCGGAGCUGGGAAGCCAACCCUGGUUCCCAGAGUUGUCGUCCAACGCUCAAACCGCUACUUUAUGUUGGGAUCUUCCAGUACAUGAAGGUAAAAGCACACCACUUGGAGAUGCGGAAACUCCAGCUUCUCAGGCAGGGCAGGCCUUUAAAAAGUUUCUUCCCCUGUUUGACCGAGUAUUGGUUGAAAGAUGUUCAGCAGAGACUGUAACUAAAGGAGGAAUCAUGAUCCCAGAAAAAUCUCAAGGGAAAGUGCUACAAGCCACUGUUGUGGCUGUUGGAACAGGCUCUAAAGGCAAGGAUUUUUAUAAUUGGCCUGAUGAAUCAUUUGAAGAAAUGGACAGCACACUGGCAGUUCAACAGUAUAUCCAGCAAAACAUAAGAGCAGACUGUUCAAACAUUGACAAAAUUCUUGAACCUCCAGAAGGACAGGAUGAAGGUGUUUGGAAAUACGAACAUUUAAGGCAAUUCUGUCUUGAGCUUAAUGGUCUUGCAGUUAAACUUCAGACUGAAUGCCAUCCAGACACAUGCACACAAAUGACAGCAACAGAACAGUGGAUUUUUCUUUGUGCAGCCCAUAAAACUCCCAAAGAAUGUCCUGCCAUUGACUACACCAGACACACAUUGGAUGGAGCUGCAUGUCUUCUGAAUAGCAAUAAAUAUUUCCCAAGCAGAGUUAGCAUAAAGGAAUCAUCCGUAGCCAAACUAGGAUCAGUCUGUCGUAGGAUUUAUAGAAUAUUUUCACAUGCAUAUUUUCAUCAUCGUCAAAUAUUUGAUGAAUAUGAGAAUGAAACCUUCUUGUGUCACCGAUUCACCAAGUUUGUGAUGAAAUACAACUUGAUGUCCAAGGACAACCUGAUCGUACCAAUUUUAGAAGAGGAGGUACAGAAUUCAGUUUCUGGUGAAAGUGAAGCAUGAUGAGUAUCGUGGACUGAAAUGAACACGUAAUUAACAUGUACUGUAUAUAUCAUUUUAGAAACUUCAAUCAUGUAUCCUUAGAGCUUUGGUUUAGAAUACUUUUUGUAUGCUGUGUGCAUUGCCUCUUAAUAUGGGAUAUGGUUUAAGUUAUUCAUGAGCUGUAUAUUCUUCAAUGUGGCACUCAUGGUUUUUAAAUACAAUUAGAAUUAUCUGUUUAUACUGCCUGUUAAUAAAAGAAUUGACAGUUCUGUAAAAUUGCUGCUAAACAAUCAUUGGAUCACAAUCUUCAAACUUUGUCCAAUUUAAACCUAAAGCUUCUUGUACUAAUGAAAUUUGCAAAUUUACAAAUCCAUUUAAUUCUAAAUCUUGUUCUAUUUUAUAAAAAGCCCCAUUAUUUUGGUUCCCGAGUUUUGCUUUUGGGUGUGCACUUAUAAUGUUCUAAACUAUUGUAGUAUGUGUGUAUCCAAAUAUUCAUUAUUACAGUAUUAAUACCAAAAGGAUAAUUUUUAUUAUGCUGUCAUAAUGUAUUCUGGAGCUAUCUGUUUCUUUCUGGACUUGCCUUUAUGUAUCACCGGAGGCUUGUGUGCAUCACAACAAGUCAUAUAUUCAGUCACUUCAAGGCAAAGAUUCCCCUCCAUAUUUUCCAUAUCUACACUGUUCACUAAUGGAUAAAAACAUUGUGCAUUUCCUCUUGCCUACAGUAAAGUACUCUGUGGCUUAUACCUGUGCAUAUUUAUAGUAAUUGCUUACAGAUUAUACCUCGCAUUAAACAUUAAUGUUACGCUACAGCAGAGUGUGCCAAAAUAAUCUUGUAGCAAAGGGAUUCCACGUACUAGGAAUUUUGAAUCUUAACAGUCAUGUAUAGCUAGUUCCUACCUUUCUUCCAUCCAAAAAAUACCAGCUUUUAUGUUUCAGUAAUUGAACACAACCCAUAUUUCUCCAAAUCUAAAUGUAUGCUUGUUAAAUAGAAUUUUCAGGUUUGCAUUAGAGCUAAGGUUCCAUGAGAACUAUUUAAUGGAGUUUGAACUAUUUUGAAUGCUGUAGAAGUAAAUAUUUUUUAAAAAAACAACUAUGGAUGGCUUUGUUAUGCUGGAUGUAUGUGAAUGCAGAUAUCUACAAGUGCUAGCACUGUUGUUAGGUCAAACUUGAUGAGAUUUUAACUUUUUGAAGUUGGUGUAUGGUCCUUUCCUAUUGAAAACAUAAACCGGUGUCCAUUUUUUCCCAGAAAUAUAUAUGCCAUGGCUUUUAUGUGGCCAAGCAAGCUUUAUUUAACCUGCUUCAUUCUCAAGAUUACUCAUUUCACUGGGAAUGAACAUGAAAGUUUUUAUUUCCUAAUAGUCAUUAUUUCCUUUUGGAGAACACAUUAGACCUGCCUUAAUUGCAUAUAAGACAUGUCAAACUGGACUCAUCUCAUUGCAAGAUUGCCCCCAUGAUAUAAAGGGAAUCCAAAAAUUGGAGACUGGAGAGAGAAACAGCAUCUUCAGUGGGUUGUGGCACAAGCCCCACUGUAGUUGAAAGAGGCUGGUGGCACAGUUUUGGAGGACUAGGCUGGACGUUCUUCAGUGGAUUAACACAGUUCUGCCUCUUAUUGUGUAUUUUAAAAUGGGUUUGAAGGUUAACAGGGUCAUCACAUCAGAGGGUUUUUAGCAACAGCAAUUAUGUCAUUGUGCCCACAUGUAAUUGAGGCCUACAUUGGGCAAUAUAGAUCUGGCUGAAAUCUCAGAGCUUGUAGAUGAGGAAUUUCAUUUCAGAGGUACCAGGAUAUAUUUGGCAAUGUUAGCAUACUUUACCUCACUCAGAAUAUGAAUGGUGUCAUAUAGCAUUUUUGUGAAAUUGUGUGGUGUUUGAGGCUGCAAGAAAAUCUUAACAUGCCUCCUUGUACUAGUACAUGCCUCUGAAACAGUUAUUCUCAACAAAUAAUUCCAUUUCUGCUGCACUGUAAACUUGACUUCAUAUGAUGGAAGUUAAGUGAAUAACCUAAAUAGGAUACUGCUUGUAACUUUCCUUAAUGCUGUUGAUUCAAGUACCUCUGAUAAUGUGUGUGCACAUGUGCCUGCCUGAUACUAUAAAACUUCAGUGAGAGUAAGUGAACUAUUGACUUUGUAUGGUUAACUAUAUUGAAGGUUUUAAUGUGCAUUCUGCAUUAUAGGGAAACUGAGCUAUGUUUGUCUUUGAAUUACAUUGUAAAAAGUAGAGGUUGCAAUUAAAUCUGUUUCUUUUUCCAUA